UGAGAUUUGUGCUCUUUUUUAUUGAGUGACCGUCCCUUAAAGAGGCUCCCUUUAACUUACACGUGUUUAAGAUUCCGCAGAUAUCAACUCCAUAUUGUUAAAGAUCUUUUAUUUAUUUAAUUUAAUUCCCUUUUGUCAUUUUAUAAUUGUGUGUCAGUUCACCACAUCAUGGAGGCUAUCACCAAGCAGCUUCAAACGCUUUUCGAUGAAGCUAUCAACAUAAGUUUUCCUAAUUUGAAGGAUACUCACGCAACAAUAAGACCAAGUGUUCAUGCUGAUUAUCAAUGUAAUUCUGCGAUGGGAUUAAUGAAAAAAGCAAAGGAACUUGGUAUAGAAGGUAAAGUUGACCCAAAGAUGCUGGCAGAAAAGCUCGUUUCCAAUUUACCAGAAAACAAUCUGAUUGGCUCCAAUAGCGUUGACAAAGGAUUUAUUAAUAUACACAUUAAUAAUGAAUAUGUUGGACAAAAAGUGUUGUCCAUCUUGAAGGACGGAGUUUCUAUGAAGUUAGAUAAAAAAGAAAAGGUUGUUAUUGACUAUAGUUCACCUAAUAUAGCAAAAGAGAUGCAUGUUGGUCAUCUUCGAUCCACAAUCAUCGGAGAUUGUCUUGCUAAUAUCUUGGAGUUUUUAGGACACGAUGUAGCAAGAGUCAACCAUCUUGGUGACUGGGGAACUCAAUUUGGAAUGCUGCUAGCCCAUUUGACAGAAAAGUUUCCAGAUUAUCUAGAAAAUCCACCGGCGAUUGGGGAUUUACAAAAAUUUUACCAAGAAUCCAAGAAACGCUUUGACGAGGACAAAGAGUUUCAGAAAAGAGCCAAAGAUAGUGUAGUAAAACUUCAAUCCAAAGAACCAUCAUUUAUCAAAGCAUGGAAGCUAAUCUGUGAUAUUUCUCGAGAAGAAUUUUCAAAAAUUUACGAAGCUCUUGAUAUUCAUGGACUUGUGGAGUAUGGUGAAUCUUUCUACCAAGAUAUGAUGAUAGAAGUUGUAGAGGAUUUGAAGUCUCGGAAUCUAUUGGUAGAAGAGGAAGGACGAUGGAUGUUUUUCACUGGUAAACCAAAAGAAGUUCCUUUAACAAUUGUUAAAUCAGAUGGUGGAUUCACUUAUGAUACAUCAGAUAUGGCUUGUAUCAGAUACAGAGUGAAUGUACAAAAGGCUGAUCGUGUUAUUUAUGUGGUUGAUGCUGGCCAGGAAACUCAUCUCCGAACCAUUUUCGCAGCUGCUAAAAUAGCCGGUUACUAUGAUCCAGACAAAGUUAAAACUGAAUUCGUUGGGUUCGGUGUUGUUCUAGAUGAUAAAGGCAAAAAAUUCAAAACUCGAUCUGGCGAGUCCGUAAAAUUGAGAGAACUACUAGAAGAAGGUAUCCAAAGAGCUGAGCAAAAAUUGAAGGAAAAGGAGCGCGAUAAAGUUUUAUCUCCAGAAGAACUGGAAGUUGCUAAAAAAGCUGUUGCUUAUGGAUGUAUCAAAUACUCUGAUUUAGCUCAAGAUAGAAUCAAGGACUAUCAGUUCAGUUUUGAUAGAAUGUUAGAUGAUCGUGGAAACACGGCUGUAUACCUUCUAUAUUCACUGGCCCGAAUUAGGUCUAUAAUUCGUAAAACUGGUAUAACUAAGCCAAUCAAGGAAAUAGCCUCCGAAACCAAGGAGUUGGUUCUCAAUCAUCCAAGAGAACUUAGAUUAGCUAAGUUCCUUCUUAAAUUUCCAGAUGUGAUUUUACAGAUAAGUGAGUCACUAGCACCUCAUGGAUUAUGCUCGUUCCUUUUCGAGUUGUCAGUUAUUUUCUCUGAAUUCUAUGAACAAUGUUAUGUUAUCGAGAAAAUUGGAGAAAGUGAUCAAGUCAAAAUCAACAUGGAAAGAGUCUUGCUUUGCGAGGCAACAGCAUACAUUCUCAGUCUUGGACUCAAGCUUCUUGGAAUCAAAUUGGUUGAGAAGCUCUGAUUUGCUUAUUUUGUUUCGAUGAUAAAACUAAUUUAAUAACGAUAUAAUGAACUUAUUAAUAAACUACCUUCAUUUAUAAUA